UGAAGCCGGGUAGGCUCCCACGUGGGUUGUGUGAGUGGUUCUGAGUCGAUGGAAGCCGGUUCUUUAAGCUCAGUGGCGGCCAAGGUUUAGUCAACAUGGGUCGCUCGGGGAAGUUGCCCUCCGGUGUCUCGGCUAAGCUGAAGCGCUGGAAGAAAGGUCACAGCAGCGACAGCAACCCCACCAUCUGCCGCCACCGCCAGGCCGCCCGGAGCCGCUUCUUCAGCCGACCCUCAGGAAAGAGCGACCUGACAGUUGAUGCUGUGAAGUUGCAUAAUGAGCUGCAGUCAGGGUCCCUGCGCCUGGGCAAAAGCGCAGCCCCUGAAACCGCCAUGGAGGAAGAUCCGGAGCUGGCUGUCACCGAGAAGUCCUCGGGCACAUUCCUGAGCGGCCUGUCCGACUGCACAAACGUCACCUUCAGCAAAGUGCAGCGCUUCUGGGAGUCCAACUCGGCUGCCCACAAGGAGAUCUGCGCGGUGCUGGCUGCUGUCACUGAGGUGAUUCGCUCCCAGGGAGGGAAGGAGACCGAGACUGAGUACUUUGCUGCUCUGAUGACAACAAUGGAAGCAGUGGAGUCUCCAGAGUCUCUUGCUGCUGUCGCUUACCUGUUGAACCUUGUCCUGAAGCGUGUGCCCAGCCCUGUGCUCAUUAAGAAGUUCUCAGAUACCUCCAAAGCCUUCAUGGACAUCAUGUCUGCCCAGGCCAGCAGUGGCUCCACCUCUGCCCUCCGAUGGGUUCUCUCCUGCCUGGCUACCCUCCUCAGGAAGCAAGACCUAGAGGCCUGGGGCUUUCCCAUCACCCUUCAGGUGUACCAUGGGCUGCUGAGCUUCACUCUCCAUACCAAGCCCAAGAUCCGGAAGGCUGCCCAGCAUGGCGUGUGCUCAGUCCUCAGGGGCAGUGACUUCAUGUUCAGUGAAAAGGCCCCUGCCCAUCAUCCUGCUGCUAUCUCAACCACCAAGUUCUGCAUCCAGGAGAUUGAGAAGGCUGGAGGCUCCAAGGAGGCUACCACAACACUGCACAUGCUGACACUGCUCAAGGACAUACUGCCUUGCUUCCCAGAAGGCCUGGUGAAGAGCUGCUGUGAGACUCUCCUGCGGGUCAUGACCUUGAGCCAUGUGCUGGUGACAGCCUGUGCCAUGCAGGCCUUCCACAGCCUCUUCCAUGCCAAGCCCAGCCCAGGCACCCUGUCAGCAGAGCUCAAUGCCCAGAUCAUCACGGCCUUGUAUGACUAUGUUCCCAGUGAGAAUGACUUACAGCCUCUUCUGGCCUGGCUAAAGGUCAUGGAGAAAGCCCACAUCAACCUGGUCAGGUUGCAGCGGGACCUGGGACUUGGCCACCUUGCUCGAUUUUUUGGAACUGCAAUGACCUGUCUUCUCUCUCCUCACUCAGCAGUGGUGAUAGCUGUCACCCAGAGCCUCAAGGAGAUCCUGAAGGAAUGUGUGGCUCCACACAUGGCUGACAUCGGCUCUGUGACCUCCUCAGCCUCAGGACCUCCCCAGUACAUUGCCAAGAUGUUCAGGGCAGUGGAGGAGGGCCUGACAUACAAAUUCCACGCGGCAUGGAGCUCCGUUCUGCAGCUGCUAUGUGUCUUCUUCGAGGUGUGUGGGAAGCAAGCCCAUUCUGUGAUGAAGAAGUGCCUCCAGUCCUUGUGUGACCUGCGUCUCUCCCCUCAUUUCCCCCACACGGCAGCCCUAGACCAGGCAGUGGGGGCUGCGGUGACCAGCAUGGGACCUGAGGUGGUGUUACAGGCUGUGCCUUUGGAAAUUGAUGGCUCUGAAGAGACUCUGGAUUUCCCUCGGAGCUGGCUGCUACCUGUCAUCCGGGACCAUGUCCAGGAAACUAGACUUGGUUUCUUCACCACCUACUUCUUGCCACUGGCUACCACCCUGAAGAACAAAGCAAUGGACCUGGCCCAGGCAGGCAGCACAGUGGAGUCCAAGAUCUAUGACACACUCCAGUGGCAGAUCUGGACCCUUCUGCCGGGGUUUUGCAUAAGGCCCACGGAUGUGGCUGCCUCCUUCAAAGGUGUGGCGCGGACAUUGGGCACAGCCAUCAGUGAACGCCCAGACCUGAGAAUCACUGUGUGCCAGGCCCUGCGCACCCUCAUCACAAAGGGCUGUGAGGCAGAGGCCGACCGUGCUGAAGUGAGCCGCUUUGCUAAGAACUUUCUGCCGAUCCUCUUCAACCUGUAUGGACAACCUGUGACAGAGGGGGACACUCCAGCCCCUCGCCGGGCUGUGCUGGAAACUAUCAAAACUUACCUCAUCAUAACCGAGACUCAAUUGGUGAAUGGUUUCCUGGAAAAAGCCAGCGAGAAAGUACUUGACCCUGCUAGCUCAGACUUUACCAGAUUGUCUGUCCUGGACCUGGUCGUGGCCUUGGCUCCUCAUGCUGACGAAGCUGCCAUCAGCAAGCUGUACUCCAACAUUCGGCCCUACCUAGAGAACAAGGCCCAUGGGGUGCAGAAGAAGGCUUACCGUGUGCUGGAGGAGGUGUGUGCCAGCCCUCAGGGUCCUGGGGCCCACUUUGUGCAGAGCCAUCUGGAUGACCUGAAGAAGACCUUGCUGGGCUCUCUGCGGAGCACAUCCUCACCUGCCAAAAGGCCCCGUUUGAAGUGCCUCAUACAUAUUGUAAAGAAGCUCUCAGCUGAGCAUGAGGAGUUCAUCGCUGCCCUUGUCCCAGAGGUGAUCCUGUGCACCAAGGAGGUAUCGGUAGGUGCAAGAAAGAAUGCUUUCGCCCUGCUGGUGGAGAUGGGCCGUGCUUUCCUGCGGUUUGGCUCUAACCAGGAAGAGGCCCUGCAGCGCUACCUUGUCCUGAUCUAUCCUGGUCUCGUGGGCGCAGUGACCAUGGUCAGCUGCAGCAUCCUGGCCCUGACCCACCUCCUGUUCGAGUUUAAAGGGUUGAUGGGGACCAGCACAGUGGAGCAGCUCCUGGAGAAUGUGUGCCUGCUGCUGGCCUCUCGCACCCGUGAUGUGGUCAAGUCUGCGCUGGGAUUUAUCAAGGUGGCAGUGGUAGUCAUGGACGUGGUACAUCUGGCCAAGCAUGUGCAGCUGGUGAUGGAAGCCAUUGGGAAAUUGUCAGAUGACAUGCGGCGGCACUUUCGCAUGAAGCUUCGGAACCUGUUCACCAAGUUCAUCCGCAAGUUUGGAUUUGAGCUGGUAAAGGGGCUGCUGCCUCAGGAGUACCACAAGGUCCUGGUCAAUAUCCGGAAAGCUGAGACCCGGGCCAAGAAGCACCGUGCCUUGAGCCAGGCUGCUAUGGAGGAGGAAGAAGAGGAGGAAGAGGAGCCCAUCCAGGGCAAAGGUGACAGCAUUGAGGAGAUUUUGGCUGACUCGGAGGAUGAGGAGGACAAUGAGGAGGAGGAACGAGGCCGGGCCAAGGAGCAGCGGAAGUUGGCGCAACGGAGAAGCCAGGCAUGGCUAAAGGAGGGUGAUGGAGAUGAGCCCCUCAACUUCCUGGAUCCCAAGGUGGCCCAGCGAGUCCUUGCCACACAGCCCGGGCCUUGCCAGGGCAAGAAGAAGGAUCAUGGCUUCAAGGUGAGCGCCGAUGGCCGGCUGAUCAUACGGGAGGAGGAAGAUGGCGACAAGGUGGAGGAAGAGGAAGGCACUAAAGGGGAUGAUGACGAGAUGGCUGACCUGACAGAAGACAUGGGCAUCAGGAAAAAGAAGCUUAAGCGACAGAAAGAGGCUGAAGAGGAGGAGCUAGAGGUGCCCCCUCAGUACCAAGCUGGAGGCUCUGGCAUACACCGCCCUGUGGCCAAGAAGGCUGUGCCUGGGGCUGAAUACAAGGCCAAAAAAGCAAAAGGUGACAUGAAGAAGAAGGGUCGGCUCGAUCCCUAUGCCUACAUCCCGCUCAACAGAACCAAGCUCAACCACAGGAAGAAGGUGAAACUUCAGGGACAGUUCAGAGGUCUGGUGAAAGCUGCCCAGCAGGGGUCCCGGGUGGGACACAAACUCCGCAGAAAGGACCGUAGGCCCUGAAGUCCCAGGACCUCUAUGUCGCUCUGCCAUCCAGGCUGAGGCUCCUUUCCAGCUCCCCAAGCUGCUUCAUACCAGCUCCAGGUGCACAAAAUUGGCAAGACCUGGACUCAGAGUGUCUCGUUGGAACCAGGGCUCAGCUCCCGGAGAGACAUCUAGAAUUUGGGAAAGUCCAAAUGAGAACUACCAUUUAAAGACACCUGGACACCUGAAGAUGGGGCCUGUGGCCUCACUGCCUCUGAGUUGGCCCCAUGAGGCUUUGUGCUUUCCACCCAGAGUGGCCAUGAGCAGAAAGUGGUGAUCUGCGUUUUCUCAGCUGCUGCCGUGUGGCACUUUCUGCCUGGCUGUGGUCUGGGUGUGUGAGGUCUGCUGUGAUCAGCUGUAGAAUAAACAUAUCGCCAUACC